UCGAAAAGUCAUACUGAUAUUCGAUCCAGUGGACGGUUACUGGUGACUGGGCGGCACUAUGGCAUGUGGAAGAGUUUCAGUCAUAAUGAAUGCUUGACGGAUCAUAUGGAUCUCCUCACCGCUAUCAGGUCAGUUUCAUGGAUGAAUGAUCCAAUAUUGCACAAAUAUCAUGUUGAACACGAAAAAGUGUUCCGGUACUACAAGUGA